AUGUGUCUCUUUUCCUCUCCGGAGACGAAGCCCUCCGCGAUCUCAGGGAUGGGAACAGGAGGAGACAUCGUCGAGGAGGAUCGAAGGUCCGAAGCUGAGCAGGGAGCAGCGGACGAAGGAGAACAAGGCCAGGUUGGCGCAGGAGCUCGGGGCCCCGUGGACCCGGAGAAGGAGGAAGGCGGCGGCGGCUGGGAGCCCCCGCAGCAGGAGCAGCAGCUUCAGGAGCCCUCCCACGUGGCCCCCGAGGGUCUGCAGCCCCGCGACAGGCAGCCGGGCCUCCCCCGCCACACGUUCACCGGGUUGCGCCUGAAGGGGCUGGAGAGCGUUUUCCAGCGCACUCAAUACCCCGACGUGUUCAGCGCGCGAAAGGAGCUCGCCUUCCUCCUGGAUGUGGCUGAACCCAGAGCGCAGGUCAGUGAACCUGAACACGGCGAUUCUGCAGGGCCGCCGGUCUAGAACCUGCUUCAGGACUUGGACACUUUGGUUCUAGUCGUUCUCACCUUGUUGUUUUUUGUUGCCCUUUCCAUGUCUGGGGAGCGAGUUUUGAAAUGUGGGGGCUUUGGCAAGUGGAACCUGGGAUAUGUCGGGCCCCGCCUAUGGAAAUUGCCCAUUCUCAGAGGGAGCGUGAGUUCCUAAAGGGAAAACAAUAAAAUCCAAGAGAACCCAA